AUGGAGGAAACACCAGUUAAGGUGGCAGUGCGCAUUAGACCCCUGCUCCCAAAGGAGAUCCUCCACAAUCAGCAUGUGUGUGUGAGAGUCGUCCCCAACACCCAGCAAAUUAUCAUUGGCAAAGACCGGCCUUUUACCUUUGACUUUGUGUUUGGACAAAAUUCUGUACAAGAUGAAGUGUACAUUACUUGUAUAAAACCGUUGGUUUCAUCCUUGAUUGAGGGCUACAAUGUCACAGUUUUUGCAUAUGGACAAACUGGCUCUGGAAAGACCUACACAUUAGGCGGAGGACAUGGGGUUUCUAUGGCUGCCAAAGAAAAAGGAAUCAUUCCACGAGCUAUCCAGGAAAUCUUUCAAAGGAUCACAGAAAAUCAUAUCACAGACUAUACAGUAAAAGUAUCCUACAUAGAGGUCUACAAGGAAGAACUCAGGGACCUGCUGGAUCUUGAUACAUCUUCCAAAGACAUGCACAUCAGAGAGGAUGAGAAACGAAAUACAGUAAUUGUGGGAGCAAAAGAGUGCCUUGUGGAAAGUGCAGAUGAAGUAAUACAACUCCUGGAAGGUGGCAAUGCCGCUCGUCAUACUGGGACUACACAAAUGAAUGAAUUUUCUAGUCGUUCCCAUGCUAUUCUCACAAUCAGUGUUGAUCAGCAGGUAUUGAACCUUGAGGGAGCUAAUAGGACUGUUUGGAAUACUGGCGAAACCUCUGCCACAUCUGUUCAGCUCAUCUCCUCAAAAUUCCACUUUGUAGACCUGGCAGGCUCCGAGAGAGUCACCAAGACGGGCAACACGGGUGAGCGGUUUAAGGAAUCAGUGCAGAUCAAUAGUGGAUUAUUGGCAUUGGGAAAUGUUAUAAGUGCUCUUGGAGAUCCCAGACGCAAAAGCCAACAUGUGCCAUAUAGAGAUUCAAAGAUUACUCGCAUACUUAAGGACUCUCUGGGUGGCAAUGCCAAAACCCUAAUGAUUGCCUGCAUUAGUCCAUCUUCAUUCAAUUUUGAUGAAUCACUCAAUUCUCUUAAAUAUGCAAACAGGGCAAGAAGUAUUAGGAAUAAACCUAUAGUCAAUUAUAAUCCAGACUGGGACCGUAUAAAUGAGAUGGAGCUGGAGAUUCAGGCGUUGAGACAAGCUCUGCAAAACCGACGAGGAGCUUUAGUGAACCGUGCCAACCAGGCAUCUCAGAGUCUUACUGAGGAGCAAGAGAAGAUUCGAAUUCGCUCAUUAGAGGAGAGAUUAGCACUUCUGCAGUUUGAGUGCUGCCACUACCGAAAUUGCACUGAAGAUGCUUUCCGUAUUCUUUUGGAGCUGAAAGGAACAGCAAGUCUACCAAAAAACCAAUUGUGCAAGCUUCAGGAAUGGAUAGACGUAACAGAAGGGUUUCAAGCUGAUAACUCCACACCAAGACUGAACAGCACUGCAGAAGAAGAAGCUCAUCUUAUCACCUGUCUACAGCUUAAAAGAGAACUGAAAAAAUGCCAGGAUGCACUGGCGGCAGAUGAAAAAGCAUUUAGCCAAAAAGAAGCUGAAUUAAAACAAUUGCAGGCCAGGAUCAACACAGUUCUUCAAGAGAAUAAGGUGCAUUUAGCAUUUCUUGAUGAAGAAGAAAAUAAACAGAAACUUCAGAAAGAGAAAAUGGUAGAACAGCAACUACUUAUUGAUCGACUGCGACAACAACUACAGGGCAACAAUACCAUACUGUACAAAUCUUGCUUGUCCACAGAUGGGACUUCAGAUAAUGAUUCCAGGUGUGUGAAAAGGUCAUACAGUGUCCCUCACCAAUCCAGUCAAACUGAAAGUUUCACUGCAACAAAGGUGACCCAGAGAACAUCAAAAAAGAGUGAUACUUCUCAUGUCUUCUGUUGUUUGAAACAUUCCAAUUUUGAUCGAAACCGAAGAGCAAAUUUAAGAGCUAGUGCAAGAAGUGAUCCUGGAGUUAGUGAUGAAAUAACUGCAGAGAAAAGAAGCACUGAGGAAACCACAAAUAUGACAGAUGAUAUAUUUAAAUCAAGGCAUUCAAUGCCAAAAUCCUCCAGAGAAAUGAAGUAUGAGUUUUCAGCUUUAAUGGACCAGAUGUAUUACUGGAGGUUAGAGGACCAAAAGAUACGGGAGCAAGACAAGGAAGACCAAAAAUGGCAAAGAGAGCGAGAUAAAGAAGAAAGCAAACGGCAGAGGGAAGAGGUCCAGGAAGAGAGUCGUCGUCAACGAGAAGAAGAUCAACGAAAGCAAGAGGAAGACAGGGAGAGAUUUACUAUUUUGCUGCAGGUAAUACAAACUAGCAUUCAAGAAGGGCAUAAACAGCAACAGCAACUUUUAGAAGAAAUGAAGCAGCAUGUGAAGAGUAUACAAGAGCAACAGGAAAAGCUAUGUAGAGGGGUGCAGAAGGAAGUUGAUAAUAGCCAGAAUUCAGCUCCUAAGAUGGAGGAAGGUUUUUCUUGUGAUAUGAGAGAUAUAGAAGAAAGGGUCAGGUAUACAGAGGAACAGAUAAAACUCCUUAGCAAUGAGCUGUCAAGAAAGUUAGAAAAUCUGCAAAAGGAGCCUUCAGUAAAUGGUGGAUCUGAAUCUCCAUCUGCAGGAGGUAUGUCUAAAAAUGGUUUCCUGGAGAAUGGGGCAAAGAUUCUCCAGAAACCAACAAUGUAUGAAGGUCAGAUAUGCUGGGAAGAUUACCAUGCACAGUUUGAAAUCAUUGCUCAGAUUAAUGGCUGGGAUGAUGCACAGAAGGCUUGUUUCCUCGCUGCUAGCCUGAAGGGUCCGGCUAUGACUGUACUGGGGAAUUUGACAGCUGAGCGCCGUAAGGACUACAGGUGCCUUACAGCUGCCCUAUCUCAUAGAUUUGGAACAGUACACCAAGCUGAAUUAGCCAGAGCUAAGCUUAAGAACAGAACUCGUAAAACAGAUGAAUCACUACCUGAACUUGCUGAAGACAUCCAGCGUCUUGUCCGUUUAGCAUAUGCUGAGGCACCUGCUCAUUUGCAAGAUACUCUUGGGAGAGAUCAGUUCAUUGAUUCUUUAACUGAUGAAGGACUAAGACUAAGGCUACGACAGGAGCACCCAAAAAAUCUACGGGAAGCUUUAGAACUGGCACUGGAACUUGAGUCCUAUCAACUAGCUAACAAGCAGUGGAACAGAGGAGAUGGUGAUGGAACAGUGUUGUUACAGAUUGGAAAUAAUGACCUGCCUUCCAGUAGCCAUCAACAUUCAGCAAAUAAACCAGAGGAUAAUGGGCUUGGGACACUGUCUGAAAGUAAGAUCUUAGAAAGGCAGCAAAUAUUACAAGAAGUACUUCAAGAGAUCAUUACACUUGGCUCCACACUGAAGCCAAAACAACGACCAGACGGCUGUUGGAACUGUGGACAGAGGGGUCAUAUUGCAAGACACUGCCGUACCAAGACACAAGAUGAACAUGAAGAAGAUUAUUUUUUUACUGAAGUUGUACACCACCUGAAGGAAGAAAGUGAUGCAUAA